CCGCGAUGUAAAUAAUAGAAAGUGUCAGUGAAAGGACAUGGCGAGUAUCAGGGUUGCUCGAGAGAUUCAGGAUACCUUCCUGACAUGUGCAAUAUGUUUUCAAACGUUCAGCAAACCCAAGGCCUUACCAUGCCUUCACACAUUCUGUGAGGGUUGCCUACGUGAUUAUAUUGUGAGUCGAUAUGAGAAUACGGGACAGUUCCCAUGUCCUGUAUGCCGACAGGUUAUUUAUACCCCUUACAAUGGCGUGGUCGACUUCCCAGACAACCAUUUCAUCAAGAGUCUUCAAGACACGGUGGAGGAUGGCGGUGAACUCAAACAUUUUGCGGAAUCUACCGAGGUCACAGAGGCGGACUUCCCAGCAGAUACACCAAAUUCCGUUAAAGAACCUCUCUUGGGUGGUACUAACCACCAUAUGUCUUAUGGAAAGAAACGUCAGGCCGAAUACAUGAAAAGUUUCGGAGGUUUUGGAAUGGAAGCGGAACAGUUUGUUCAGAUCUCGGGAUUGGCAUUAUCUACUCUCACUGACGACAUACUUGUAGCAGAUUGUAGUUUGAAUAAGGUUCUUGUGUAUUCCAUAAACGGGGAUUACCGUGGCGGGUUUGUAUGUGACUGUUCUAUACGGGACAUAUCAGUCACGCGAUCUGGUUCCAUACUCGCGUCAGUAAGUAGGGCGGGCUCUGCAAUAUUACGAGAGUAUGGGUUUGACGGAAGGCUAAUGGCAUCCUACGGGUCGUACCACAAGUACGAGAACCCUUUCGGUGUAAAAGUGGCAAGAACAGGUAAAGUACUAAUAACUAGUUUACAGUUCAAUACACUCAACGUCUUUACAGAUAGAAAACGGCCAUCUAUCAAAUUCGGCUCACGAGGAAAAGGGCCAAACCAUUUCCUGCUACCCUAUUACGUAACGGUUAACGGCCGGGACGACAUCAUCGUAUCAGACAGCGGGAAUCAUCGGAUCAAAGUUCAUAAAAAUGACGGAACGAUCAUUUAUUGUUUUGGGACACAAGGAUCCAAAGAUGGCGAACUUUUUUACCCAAUGGGUGUUUGUACAGAUAUCAACGACAAUAUAUAUGUUGCUGAUGCGAAUAACUUCCGCGUUCAAAUGUUCUCACGGGAGGGUCAGUACUUGGCGACCCCUGUCGCCAAUACCUACAAUUUAGGUGUUGAUGUUAAGCCUAUCAAUGUGCUCUGUGUGAAAGACAAACUCUUCGUGAGUUUACGUGGUACGAAGUUUGCCGAGGUACAUAUAUAUCAUUGGAAUGCAUCGGGAUAUAAAGCACCUGCCAAGAAAAAGAAGAAGUCGGUAUUUGCAUCUUGUUGUGGAUGUCUUGAUGAUGACACGCCACCUUAUCACGACAAAUAUGGCAGUAGUUGGGCAUAGUCUAUGUUUGUACCGGAGCACUUUCAGAGAUUGGGCCUGCAAUGUCAUGGAAAUGUUUACCACUGUGUAUCUGUGGUAUAAUACUUGUAUACAUUCCUUCUAUUUUGUUGUUAUCUACUGAUGGACAUAAACAUUGUUCAUUAUCAAUGUUCACAAAUAAUUAUUCUGACAUUUUAUAGACAAAGUGAUUAUUUAGUACAGUGUGAUGAAACCAUUUCAAAUAUAUUUAUGAAACUGUGAUAUCCGACAAAAUUGCAGCUCACAUGUUAUUUUCGAUUUCCAAAGAGAAAUCCGAGUGAUUUUUGUGUAUGAAAUAGACUUUAUUCCAGUGGUCCAGCUGUUCACUAAUUGGAAUACUUCCGCGGGACUUUGUUCCAGUGGUCCAGCUCUUCACUCAUUGGAACACUUCCUCGGGACUUGAUGGGAACACUUCCCCGGGACGUUAUGGGAACACUUCCCCGGAAGUUCUUCCAUCCUUUACCGUCAGGUAGUUCCCUGAUGUAACUUUAGUAGGUGGGACAUUAAACUUGUAAACAAGUAUGACAUGUUUAUCAUUGCAUCAUUUCAUCUUCAAAUCAAUGUAAUGCUCAGGAUAUACCUGAUUUCCAAACCCACAGAAUAAGAUUUGAUGAAAUACUUGAUUAUGUUCGUACUACCCUACAGGUGACAGAGUUGACUUGUCUUACUUACCUGCACCUGUGAUCUCCUUGGUGUAAUAUAAAAGGAAUCGGAAGGUAAAACGGACAUGCUCUUGUUUGGGUGUAUAUUAGUAGCUCCCUAGCUGUGAUAAUUCAGGCCAAGAUUUCUUCGACAUCCCUUAAACUAAGGAAAUGAACUUAUUUUUUGUCGAAAAGAAAACAUUAGAGAGUUCCAUAACUAAGGAGUUUUCCUUAAAUUCGAUAAUUUGCUCCAAUCAAAAACAGGUAAAGGAAUUUUCUUAAGUGAAGGAGCGUUAAUGAAGCCAGGACUAGGUUGAUGAUCCGAUCAAAUGGUUCAUUGCGACAUUUGGUCUAGUCUUCAAUGUCGAUGGUCAUGGAAAAUUCUAACUAAAAGACAAUUGCAACUUCCGAUUGAUUAACGGACAUAGAAUAGAUGUAUACAUA